AUGGCUGGGAACUCUCAGCAUUUUAGUAUGCAAGGUGAUUUAAGGAGAGGGCCCCAAAAGAUUAACGAUGUUAAUACUGGUACCAUUGAGAGUAUGUUAUUUGAUUUGACUAACCUCGUUAAACAAUUAGUUGUGGGUAAAAAGCAGGUUAAGGCAUGCGGUAUAUGGAAUGGGACGAACCAUCCAACGGAUGCGUGUCCGCAACUCCAAGAGGAUGUUUUGGUUGCACCCGAAGAUGUCAACGCCAUCGGUGGCUUUCCAAGCCAACAACCACAAAAAAGGACGGUUCCGGAUCCUGAAGCCAAAGCAAGAAGGAGCGAGAGAAAAGAAAAGAAAGAGGCCGAGAUUACAGGCGACAAGUCAAAUGAAAAUAAGGUUGAAGGUAAAAACAUAGAGGACAAAGAAAAGAAGCCCGAAUUGGUCAUCCGACCACCAUUCCCAAAUAGAUUCGAGCAAACGAAGAAGGAGCAAGAAGACAAGGAGAUUAUGGAGACUUUUUGCCGAGUUGAGGAGUUGUGUACGAACAAGAAGAAGUUGACCAUGAACGAGAAGGUUAGCAUGGGCGAGAAUGUAUCCGCCAUGCUUCAAGGAGAGAAGAUGCCACCUAAGUGCAAGGACCCAGACAAAGUCAUGUUAGACUUAGGCACAUCUAUAAAUGUCAUGCCUUACUCGAUUUAUUCAUCACUGAAUGUGGGACCUCUUAAGAGGACGGAAGUUGUUAUACAACUCGUCCAUAGGUCCAUUGUGUAUCCCAAUGGAAUCCUUGAGGAUGUGUUGGUUCAAAUUAACGAGUUGGUCUUCACGACUGAUUUCUAUGUCAUAGAUAUGGAGAAGCAUCAUACCUCCAAAUCACCUUUGAUAUUGUUGGGAAGACCAUUUCUUAAAACAUCAAAAACAAAAAUUGAUGUUCAUGAUGGUACAUUAACCAUGGAAUUUGAUGGUGAGGUCAUUACAUUUAAUAUCUAUGAUGCCAUUAGAUAUCCCAGUGAUGUGUCUUAUGUCAGUUUUGUUGAUGUUUUGGAUCUUAUCACUCAUGAUUUGUAUGACUUGACUAACCGAGAUUUGUUGGAGGUUGCGAUUACAAGGCACCUAGAUGCAAGGACAGUUAAUUUGUUGAUGAAGGAGUAUGAUUUAGGGCCCGAGCUUAAAGAGAUGAUCUUAGCCAUGGAAUAUAACUGA